AUGACCAGUUUAGCUUGUGAAAUCACUUGGGUGCUGCAAUUGCUCAAGGAUUUGAAAAUUGAGCAUCCUAAAGCAGCUAUGUUGUUUUAUGAUAAUCAAGCAGCAUUAUACAUAGCUGCUAAUCCAGCCUUUCAUGAGAGGACUAAGUAUAUUGAGGUGGACUGGCACCUAGUAAGAGACAAGAUUAUGGAAGAGAGCACCCAUGGCCAUUUCACCAGCGUUUUCUAUUCGUUUAAUUUUUAUGUUCUUGAUUUCUUCAUACUCCUCAUUGUUCUCUUGUCUGCCCACAUCAUUAUCAUUUUGCUGAGUUAUAGAUCAUUUCAACGGUUGAAGAAGAGUUUCAAGAAGGUUAGCUGGGACUUCAAGCUCUUGGAUGCUCUCCUAAAAGAUGUAGAAGCUGUUUCAGAAUCAGGGAGAAAAAUAGAUGAGAAAGCCCACCAACUUGGGAAUUCCCAACUGAGAUCAGUAGCCACUGUACGACUAAAUGAUGCUACGAGAGGCUGGGUGGAUGCAACCAAAACUGUGGUUCGCAGUGUACAGGAUUGGAGAAAAACCUAUGAUGAACUGAGUGAAAGAGGAAAAUCCCUGAAAUGGAUUUACUUUGGUUUCCCGGAUUACAAAAAAAUUCAUCGCCUCCAGAAUGAAUUGGAUUUGUGCAGUUCUGAGAUAAAUGUUCAAAUUUGGAAGAUACACAGAGAACAAAUCUGUCAAUUUGUUGAGUCGUCAAGGUCUACUGUUAGAAGCCUGCAGGACAGACCAAUAGAGGAAGACAAGAGGAAGCCUUACCGAAAACAUGAAAAAAGUGCCUCUAUUGAAAAGAAAUUAAAAGUCCUGAUCAGUAAGACUCCAGAUUUACUGUCUGAAGAGCAAAAGAACGUAGCGUACACUAUCAACUUUCCACUGCAGCUACUGAUUGCUUUCCUGCAAGAUUUAGAAGGGCUUAUCUUGGAAGGUAAAAUCGAAGAGGCCUGGGUGGAGGAAGCGCAUGACACCAUCGACAAAAUACAACAUGAAAUUGAGAGGAAACAGAAAAUCACAACUCUAAUGAGCUGGCUUCCGUAUUUUGGUAAUUUGAUAACAAGGCGUAAGCUCAAGAGGAGUAUUUUGGGCAUGGGGAGUCGUCUCUUGCGUCUCUUUCAUAGAAAACAAGAGUUUGAUUUCACCUUUGUCAAAAGAUAUCAAUCACAAUCUGUCCACCUGUCUCCACAAAAGCAAACUCAGGCCACCACCCUUAAAAAGGAUAUUAUAGUUCUUCUUGACGACUUUAGCAACCAGCUCAAACAGGCGCCACCCGUUGCAACUUAUCAGCUCAAACAGCUAGAAAAACUUUUCCAUCAAGUGCAUCAAUUUAUCGAAGAAGCAAAUGUGGUUGAAGGCAUAGAGAAUUUAAAGAAUUCAAAAACGGCUUGGAAGGAUCAAAUGAAAACCAUUAUUAAAGACGUAAAUAAUUCCUUGUUCGCCUACAUACGAAUCUCAACCUCCAAAAGGAGCGACACUCAAAGCGAGACAGAUCCUUGGCAGAAGUUCUCUGCAGAACUCGGGGAAUUCCAGAAAGCCCCCAAACUUCUCGAGGCAAGGAUAAAGUUAUGUCGCAUUGAACUGAAGGAAGAGACAAACUUGGAGGUCGGCUUAGAAGAAGACAUACAUGAAGUAGUCACCCAACUGACCACCAAGAGGGACCGUUUCUCAACUCAUGCCAUUGUGGGGAUGAAAGGUAUCGGUAAGACAACUCUGGCAAAGAUGGUUUUGAAUAAUAAAAAUAUUCAGAACCGUUUUCAUUAUAGAUACUUGGUGUCUCUACCUGAUUCAGUGGACGACGACAAGAAUUUGCUCUUGAAAAGAUUAGGACAUGUCCUGUCGCCUCCUGAGGAUGGGAAGGUAAAAGAUUACUUGUUCAAGGAGGUGAAAGAUUUCUUGAAGGCUUGGAAGUACCUUCUAGUUCUGGACAAUAUCAUUGAAACCUGGGAUACUCUAAAAGAAGCAUUCCUUGAUAACAAAUAUGGGAGCAGAAUUUUGCUCACCACACGAGACAAGAGUGUAGCUUCACAUGCUGACCCAAGUUGUUUCUCAUACCGACUCCGACUACGAACUAAAGAUGAGAGCUGGGAUUUGUUUACACAGAUGGUGCCUCAGCCUCAACUCUCUCAAGAUUUGAAAAGACAGGCAGAAAAACUUGUAAGGAGAUGUGGGGGCUUGCCGCUUUCCAUCUUUAGUAUUGGGUAUCUGUUGUCCGGGAAAAAAGUCACUACUGGGGAGUUGUCAAGGGCGCUUGAACAUAUCAAUCCUUACCAGACACCAUGGAUAGACAACUGGGAAACAAACAGAAAAGACUUGUCUCCGAAUCUAGGAAAAUGUCUCUCUCACUUUGCACAAUUCCCCAAAGAUUCUGAAAUUUCUGCAAAGAGAUUAGUGGCUUUGUGGGUUGCAGAAGAGUUCGUACAAAAAACUGAUAAGCCCCUUGAAUCUGUUGCAAAGCAGAAUUUGAAACACUUGAUUGAAUGCAACCUGGUACAAGAACUGGAAAGGAAGCACAACGGGAAGGUCCUGAGUUGUGGCUUACCUAGUGCUCUGCAAGAACUCUGGUCGCGACCGGAUUCAACUUUGACCCCAGAUCAACGGCUUCCUUAUUAUUUUGUUCAGAUGGAUACCAUUUCUAGUCAAAGACAUGGUAGCAGCCUAAAUUCACGAAUUAUAUUGCAAAAGUGUAGAAAUCUCAGCUCCAUUCUCUUCUGA